AACAAUGACGUCGAAAUCUAAGAUGGCGUAGUCCAUUCGUGAUCGAUGCGUUUACCGGUUAACCUAAUUCAUUGUUUUCCUUUAAACAUUUAAAUCAUAUUUAGAAGUUUUUAAACAUCAUUGUCACCAAAAUGUUUCCUUUUAGAAUUUGUAAUCGUAUUAGAUAUAUGUCGACAAAUGUCGACAAGAUUGCUAACCUUGUAAAGAAGAACAAAGUGGUCGUGUUCAUGAAGGGUGUUCCGGACAGUCCCAAGUGUGGCUUCAGCAAUGCUGUCGUACAAAUACUAAGGAUGCACGAUGUGAAAUAUGAUGCUCAUGACGUUCUUGAAGAUGAACAGUUGAGACAAGGUAUUAAGGACUUUUCCAAUUGGCCUACCAUACCGCAAGUGUUCAUAAACGGAGAGUUCGUGGGAGGAUGUGACAUACUGUUGGAGAUGCACAAGAACGGAGAGCUCGUGGAGGAGUUAAAGAAAGUUGGUAUCCAAAGUGCCCUGCUUGAGAAAGAAGAGUCCCAAGAGAAGAAGCCUACGAACUAAGCUUGUUUUUAAGCUUUGUAACAUGUAAAUAAAGUAAUUGUUAUUUUUGUGUUCAUGUUUGAGUUGUUUUAAAUAAAUGAUGGCAGGAAUUUUGAAGCGUAUAUUUAAUAACCGUUCAAUUAGGACUUGUUACAAAUUAGGACUGUCUUUUGUAGGGUUGUUUCGUUGUUCCUUAAGCUGUUGAGUACAAUAAUACAAUGUACAAUGUAUGUACAGUGUGGUACGAUAUAAGUUUAAGAUGUAAUAUAUGGAUGAAUAAAAUUUUUUAGUGCAAACA